CAUGCGCACUGCACCAAACCUUACAUUUCGCACGUUUUCAUCUCGAUUUCGAUGGUAGGCGAAGACCAACACAGGACAUCUAUCCAUGUUUUCGGCUGCAUAUCUGCAAUUCGAAGCUCCUCUGGCUGUAUUUAUAUUGCCUGUGGAGCAAAGAGUGCAAGAAGAGGAAGCCGCCUCCUUAUCUGCCCUAAGGUCUGGUGUGGUCCCACACCUUUGGUCCCGUGUGUUUGCUGACCACUCUGUAGUUGGUCUUGCAUAAGGUCCGUCCGUCUGUACAUCAGUCUGCAUGGCUGAAAUCAAGUAUAACCUGCCAAAGGCGGUGGUCGUCAAAUGCCGUCAGCGUAGGGGGCGUAGGAAGACGGUCGCCAUGGCGCCUGCGUCCCUGAACGGCCCCGUCACCGGGCUGGAGGAGAAGGAGAUGGAAGGGGAGGACGCAGUUGAGUGGUGCAAGGAGUGCAUGAAGCGAGGCGAGCUGAACGCCGUCAGCUACCUGCAGAUCAGCGACGAGCUUGCUGUUCUUGUGUGCAACGACAAGCAGUGUACAUCAUUACCUACGCUAGCUCCUGGCUCACAUCUAGUUGUGGAACGAAGAGCAGCGGACUUCAUCCAGUGCAGGAGGCGUAAGAGACGAGCAACCAGUCUGCAAAAGUUAGAUCCCACCAACCCCCAAAACAAACUCAUCAGCCAGUCACAGCCCCAAGGCCCUUUGUCCGCAACCGUCUCUCCACUCCCUCCCGGAGGUAUCGUCCAGUGGAACAAUGAAAGCAACAUGUGUUGGCUAGAUGUGUGCAUGCUCCUGCUGGUGCAGUUCAGAAGCCUUCGAAGAUGUCAUCAAGCACUUGGCGCAACGUCCCCAUUGAGGAAGCUGUGUGAGGGUUUUGUUUCAGCCCAGGAUAUGGCAAGUGCUGAUGUUGAAGCAGCCAAGCAGAACAUGUGUGAACAAGCGGAAAGCAAUAAUUCUGCAUCGGUGGAGCAACCAACCAAUGCCUCUGACGCAGAUCUGCUAUCGGCAUAUCUGGGGAAUGAUCUCUUUGGAGCGGGAGAUAACCCUAAUCUGGACCAUGCAGACCUCCUUUCAGACAGUUUCCUUGAUCUAAUAGAUGGGAAGCUGCCAGACAGCAAUGUGUGUGAUACAAGUGCCCAACAUGUAGCUGAUGAGCUUGGUGAUUCUGUCCCUCCAGACAAAGACCGUCUCUCUCCUAAUACCACAUCGUCAAAACAAAGCCCUCAUCUUCAAGACAACAGUAGUGGGAAACUUGCAGCUGCCGUUGAAUCGCUUAAAACCCUCCGAAAGGAACUCUUUGAUAUGCUGAAGCCCAAACUUGGAUGCAGAGAGAACAAAGAGGAGAGUCUGAUUUCUGCCCUUCCAAUGCUCCUUCGACUGGAUGGUGUCACAGAAGAGCACUUCAACUUGCGUUACAGGAGGGAAUCCUACUGCUUCUUAUGUGGAUCUUCAAAUGUAACAAUACAUCGGAACGUCAUCGCGUCCGUGACUUCUACCUCCAAUGACUUCAGCAUGCAGAAUCUCACUAUGCAUCACCCGUGCCCACAAUGCAAAGCUCCAGGGCAAACCAGUCGCCUCAUCUACCACAGCCUACCAGCCUGCCCGCUAAUUCAUUUUAGCAAUGGCCUGAGCAGUACCACUGAAUUACCCUGGCUUCAGCCUGACUUCCGACAUAGAGGGCAGCAGUACCAUCUGAGUUGCAUCGUCCAGUACGUUCGCAACCCGAACCAUUUUGUCAUCUGGAUACGAGACCCCUCAAGAGAGCAGUGGUUGAAGUGCGAUGGUCUCUCCUCUCCAGUUUGUCUGUGGCAGUCUCAGGAACCCUCCAUCCCUCCCUCUGAAAUCCACCUAGUGGGUUGGGAACGGCAGAACAGCGAAUGCUAUUCCUGCAUGGAGCUACAGCAGCAGAUGGUUCACAUCGAGGAGGCAGCGCUCGAGAGGGAGGAUGACCCCGCGGUCGUAAAAGCCAAUAGUACAGAAAGAACUUCCGUUGAUUGCGAUGCACCCCUCAGGAAAAGAAGCUGCCCAGUGGUGGUCAGGCGCAGUGCUUCUCCACUGACUAUUGCAAAGGGUACUUGGCCUUCUCUAGUACAGGCAGCAAGGAAUAGGUCAGACAUAUCACGUUUGGCUCCUAGACGAACCGAGCCACUGCCUGGAUCUAGCAUUCUGUCCAUUGGGACUCCUCCCCAAUCUCCUGAGUUUCAGAUGCCAAAGACAAGUGGUCCAUCAGAUUCAAAUAACAGUAUUUCUUCCGCCACGUUCGAUAGAACCAAAGAAACUGACAAACUCAAAGGUGACACAUCCAAACAGCAGACAUUGUCAGAUAAAUUGAAAGAGGGUGGGUGGGAGAGAGCAGUCACUGCUGCAAAGUCUGAGAAUCAGGGACAUUUGAGCAACAGGAGGAGUGUUGCUAGCUAUCUACAGAGCAAGUUGAAAUAUCCCCAGAAACCCCCUGGAGUUCUCACCGGACUUCUGGGGAACUAUACAAAAUCAAUUGCAAAACAACAACAGGAUACGGGCGAGGAAGCCAUCACACCGCGUGGGAUUUACAACCCGAUCACCAAGAACUUCUCUGUGCUUCAGACCUUGCGCUCCCUCAAUGUCAACUCUUCACUACCAAAGACAGACCGAGUACCUAAGCCAGACAAGAAACCUGGCCCUAAAACCAAGCCCCUGAUGGAAACGGGAGGAGCCGUUCUUCCCUCUGUUCCUAAAAAGGUUCAGAAGAUGCGUAUCCCUCGGCAGAAAAUCAACUCCUUCAGUGCCUUUAAAGAGAAGUCCUCCAGCACAUUUUCGGGCUACUUGAAGCAGAAAGACCCAACUGCUGAGGAUAUUCAUACCAACCGCAAGGACGAUCGUCGUCGUGAGAGCAACGCCAGCCAAAUCCAGGAGGAUGAUUUCCAAUCCAGCAUCCUCCUGACUCCAUCGUCUUCUGUCUCGAGUCCCAGCGCAUGCUCCGAUGUUAGCCUCCUGAGCGAAACCCUGCUAGCAGGAGGCACGGAGGAUCACGAGGGAGAGAGCCUCAACAACACGAUGAAUGCUCUGUGCAAGGCUUUGGAUGUCGCAGCAGGCGGUGCACCACAGACUGUUGUCUCUCAACCCCUCCCCAGUGUGGACGAUGAUAGUUUUCUUCAAGGUCUACUUAGAUGAUGGCUUUAGUCUGAUCUAGAAGGAUCUUGACAGUUUAGAAUUGAUAGAGAAUCCAGGAAUCUUUAGUUACGUACUGCAUUACCUUCUGGUUGUUUUGGGAUAGUACACCCUGGCCUUCCAAGGAUGUUCUCCUCGUUUCUCCAUUGCAAUAAUAUUUUCUCAUAUUCAUAAGAUAUUCCCCUUUUUUUCUUGGUGUUUGCAUAUUUUCAUGAAGGCAGUGAUAUUGAUAUUGGUCAUUGAUUGUGAUGAUAGACCAGCUACCUCAGUUAUGACUCGGUAAGUUGCCUCAACGUUUGUGAACAAGCCUUAAUCGAUAUGAUUAUCUCCAAAAAUCAAUCACAAUAAAUGAAAUCAUUAGAUAACCAUUAAAGUAUAGAAAACGUACUCCUCACCACAUUUUAGGCAUUCAUAAUAUCGUUAAGGGGUCUUGUUUACUUCACUGUUAGCUUUGACUCAUGACUGAAUAUACCAUCUAUCCAUUGACAAAUGUUAUUUCUUAAUAAAGGUGUAGAUCAGGGAAUUGCCAUCAAAUUUUGGUUGAAGCCAUAAUAAUGUUUUCACAGCUUCAAAGAAAAUGGCUUCAGCUGAACAUACAGUUUAAACGUCUAAAUUUUCAAAGUGCCAAUAAUCAUGACAAUUAUUUCUAAUCAGAUAUGAUUAUGAGGAUAAAUUGGAAUUUUACAUCAGUUGAUUUUUAUUUGCUCAGUCAAUGCUGUGGUGUUUCAAAAAAUUACCUUUGAGGUCAGAAAAAAAAUUGUGAUUUAGAAUUUGAUUGUAGGACUGGGUAUACAAAUUUUGCAUUGUUCUGACGUGUGUUACGCCUUUCCCUAUCUCACAUUUUAAAUAAAUAAAUAAUAUGGUUAUUUAUAUAGCGCCGGUAUCCGCCAGGUUCUGACGCUCAUGGCAUAGAUUAACGUCUUGCCAAAGGACAUUAGUGCUGCGGCGGGACUUGAACCUUAUUGCUUUCUCAUGCACUUACGAGCAUUGUGCUCGUUAAUGUAUCCUUGAUGUCUCAACAGUUAAGAAUCGUAAUAGAAAUGUGACUCACCGUACAUGCAUCAUACCAACUACAUCAGCGGAAAUGUCGUCUGCCGAGAAGUGAAAACCAUAAGGGAGUUUAACCGUAUAUUUCAACUCAGGGUUAACACCCUUCUGGUACUUGGCAGAUGAUGUUUCUCUGCAUGUAAUCUAUGUACAUUGUAUGGACUCAAUCAAUGCUGACAUGUAUUUCAGUCUAGAGUCUUCCAACAACACCAAGCUUAAAGAUAAAGUUGAGUUCUGGUCAUGCGAUUGCAUUGUAAAAGAAACGCAUACAUGCCAACUGUUCAGAUUAAAGAGCAACAUUCCUCUUUU